GAUAUAGGCUACACAGAACUACAGCUAAUACACUAUAAAAGCAUAUAAAGCGAUUGUGUUCCAUUCACAGACUACUGCAGCAUGCAGAUACGUGUAGAUUAGUUUCAUUAACAAUAAUAGGCUGAACAACAACAACAAUAAUAAUAAUAUUAAUAAUAAUGUAUUUGUAAUUAGACAAAGUGUUACAAUAGCUUACAAGCAAAGUUUUAUUGGAGUGAUUUCGAAAAUACAGCCGAUCGCCCUUUUGACGUCAGCGGGCCCUAUGGCCCCUCAGAUCACUUAACCUGAUGACAUACAGACAUACCAGUUUCUCAUUCUUUAAUUAACCCUUGGACCUUCUCUAAAUGAGGCCGUUUGUAAGACACAAUAAUCUACUUUGCCGUGGUGGAGCGCCUGCCUGCGGCUUCAUUGCAGCCGCGGCUUCCUCGCUGAGGAUCCCCGCAUCGGGCUGCAGAGACCGGCAGGUGUGCACUUUCUUACUCCAGCCCUUUUGCUGGUGAGCAGCUGCAACCUGGAACAGCAUCGCCGAGGAGCAUCGCGGGCUGCAGAAGCUUCCCGCAAGUUCCUGAAGUAAUCGGGGGUUUGGAAGUUUCCACCACAUCGCCAUAGGCGCCGCCGAUGAGAAGCACUUUCCAUUUCAGGCACGAUGAAAGCUCCCUUUGUAGGAGUUAUUCUGUAUGGGAUUACAGUCGCAUCAGCCACAUAUAACAGCUCUGAAGACAAGUCUGAGUGCCAGCUUGGAUAUUUCCCCUGUGGGAACUUAACCACAUGCCUCCCUCAACUGCUGCACUGCAAUGGAGAGGACGACUGCGGCAAUCAAGCCGAUGAAGACGACUGUGGUGAUAACAAUGGAUGGCCUCAUCUAUUCGACAAAUAUUUUGGGAACCUUAAUAACAAGUCUGGUAACAAGUCAAUCAAAUGCUUGCUCGGGGUGGUUCCAAACCCCUGUCUCUGCAGAGACCUGGAACUGGACUGCGAUGACGCCCGUCUGCGCACCGUCCCAUCAGCAUCGGUGAACAUCACUAUGCUGUCCCUUCAGCAUAACAGACUGAGGAAGCUGAAUGCCGACAUAUUCUUAAAAUAUCAGAACCUUCAGAAACUAUAUCUGCAGCACAACAGAAUUCGAGCUGUGCACCCGAACGCAUUCAGGGGACUUUAUUAUCUAACAAGACUGUAUUUGAGUUACAAUAAAAUAUCUACUCUCAAGCCAGGCACUUUCAGGGACCUUCAGAAGCUGGAAUGGUUGAUACUGGAAAACAACAAAAUCAGUCAGAUUUCACCCAUGGCUUUCUCGGGAUUAAACUCACUGGUCCUUUUGGUGUUGCUGAAUAAUGCCCUAGUACAUCUGGAUGACAUCUGUCAGGGGAUGCCCAGACUGAACUGGCUUGAUUUGGAAGGUAAUCGUAUAGAGAGCGUUGGGAACGUGUCACUCUGCUCCUGCCACAUGCUGACCGUGCUUGUCCUGCAACGUAACAGAAUCUCCCGUUUAGAUGAAGGAGCCUUCUUAUCGCUGCAGAAGCUUGGGGAACUAGAUUUGUCCAGCAACAGAAUUGAAAAUAUCCCUAGAAAGCAGUUUGUCAGUCUCACUGAUCUUCUCCAACUAAACAUUUCAUACAACCCCAUUGUCGAGUUACAACUGGACCACUUUGCAAACCUGAAGCAGCUGAAAUCCCUGAGCAUAGAAGGAAUAGAGAUUGGGAGCAUACAGAGAAGAAUGUUUGAACCUCUGAAAAGUCUGACUCACAUAUACUUUAAGAAGUUCCAGUACUGUGGUUACGCCCCUCACGUGCGAAGCUGCAAGCCCAACACGGACGGCAUCUCCUCCUUCGAAGACUUGCUGGCCAACAUCGUGCUGCGGGUGUUUGUCUGGGUCGUGUCCUGCGUCACCUGCUUCGGCAACGUCUUCGUCAUCUGCAUGCGGUCGUACAUACGAUCAGAGAAUAAGCUACAUGCUCUUUGUAUCAUAUCCCUUUGCUGUGCUGAUGGCUUGAUGGGCGUGUACCUCUUCGUGAUUGGUGCAUACGAUAUUAAGUUCCGGGGCGAGUACAAUCGGCACGCCCAGGCCUGGAUGGACAGCCUGCAGUGCCAGGUGGUGGGUUCGCUGGCUAUGCUGUCCACUGAGGUCUCUGUCCUUCUCCUCACCUACCUGACCCUGGAGAAGCACAUCUGCAUCGUCUACCCGUUCCGUUACCUCGCCCCGGGCCGGGGGCGGACGGUGAGCAUCCUCGUCCUCAUCUGGAUCCUGGGCUUCGUCAUUGCCUUCACGCCGCUGGCGGGCAAGCACUUCUUCCGGAACUUCUACGGCACUAACGGUGUGUGCUUUCCCCUGCAUUCAGAGCAGCCAGAAAGCACUGAGGCUCAGAUCUACUCCAUUGCCAUCUUCCUUGGGCUGAACCUGGUAGCCUUUCUUGUCAUUGUCUUGUCCUAUGGAAACAUGUUCUACAACAUACAAAGAACAGGAACACGGGCCACAGUGACCAGUAACCACAUGAAGAAGGAGGUGACCAUUGCCAAGAGGUUCUUCUCAAUCGUCAUCACUGACUCUCUCUGCUGGCUCCCCAUUUUUGUGCUUAAGAUUCUGUCUCUGAUGCAGGUAGAAAUACCAGGUUCGAUCAGUUCCUGGGUGGUGAUAUUCAUCUUGCCGAUCAACAGCGCCCUCAACCCCAUACUCUACACGCUGACGACGCGUCCGUUCAAGGAGACCAUCCUUCAGGUGUGGGGUAGCUACAGACAGCGGGGGCCUCUGUCCCGCAAGCGUCCUCAGCACACACCGCCGUCCACCUGGAUGGGGAUGUGUCCCCUGCAGGCAGGUGUCCACAUCCCCUCAUCUCCUCUCGAGGAUCUGGCCAACCCCACCGACACCUUUGAAGCACCUCGACAUCUUCCAGAAAAGAGCAGGAGCAGAGCAUGUGUCUAUCUGCUCAAGUGGCAUGACAGUGUAGCUGACAUGUGACAGAAAUGACUCUCAUCAAGCGACCAUUCCUAAAGACGAUGUAGAUAUAAAUCAGGUAGAUUGUUUCAGCUAUUCAGUCCCAAAGGUUACUUCCAGGGGGUGGGACUUGCCGUUUUCUUUCGGUGGCGUGUAGAGAUGGAAAUGCUAAAAAUAUCUGCGAAGAAUCCACUCAUGCUGUUCAUGAAGUCAUAUAGUCCCACUCUGACCACCUGGACGCUUCGUGUUUUUAAAUGUUAUUGGUGCGUUUUUUUUGUGAGACAUUCAUCUCUCUCCCAAGAUUUCCCCAUAAUAGAAUAGUUUCUCCUGAUAUGUUUUUUCCGUCCUCGUGAUGAUCGUUAUACCUCAAACCAAGUGUCUGCUGUGAUGACCUUAGGGUAGUGUUUUCGAGCCCAGUCCCCGGGGACCCACAGACAGUCUGCAUUUUUGCUCCCUACCAGAAGCUGGGAGGGAGCAAAAACAUGGACUGUCUGUGGGACCCCGAGGACCGGAUUGGGAAUAUUGAUCUUUUCGAUUUUUCUUUUUUAAGAAAACGUUCACCCUUUACUUGGGAAAAUACUGAAUUUACAGUUUUUUGGCUCAAAAAAUUAUAAAAAGUUAUGUUUUGUGACAAAGGAAUGUACAAUUGUAUUUGUUGUUACAACUGGAAAAGAUUUAAAUGUUAAGUGUAAAGAGAAUAAUUGCAAAUGAUAUCAAGCCUAUGGAAAUGAGGUAAGAAGCAUAUUAA